GAGGAGAGAAGAGAGGCCGACUUUUUGCCAGCAGCAGCCAACUAUUCGUUUGUUUCCUUUCGUGCGACACAGUCAAAAUUGUAUCAAGUUAUUAAAAAAGUCACUAUUAUUUUAAUUUAUUUUUAACUUUGAACCUUCUUGCGAACAAGUGUUUCGAAAUUUGGACGGAGCGUGGCCCUCAUGAUAAGUGACGACGUUAAGACGGAAAGGCGAAGGCUCGUCGUAAAGGUUAAUUGAUGCGUGAAUCGGAAAGACACAAAGUCCCCUCUCACUCAUCCCCACCACCUCGCAACUUCUGAUCAAUUGAAUAUAGAAUUGAUCAUCAGUCAGUAAAUCGGAAAUCGUCAUCAUGGGCAAGAAGAAAGGGUUACGAGUCGGUCCUCUCACCUGCGACGUGAAGAGCGAUAUAACACCUACGAAACCAACCUUGUCGUCGUCCUCAGCCAUCACGGUCUCACAAGCGGCAUCCAAUCGACAAGCCAGUUUGGAAAACUUAAGUAUGGAUGUUGACUAUGAGUCUCCGCUGGAAAAAUUAAUGAACAAGGCGAUUGAUGAGCCCACUCUGAAAGUCUUUGCUCAAACGUGGAACAGCGAGGUUGAGGCGAAACUGAAGCUUCUGGAAUCAAACAAAAAUCCUGUCUAUGAAGAAUAUGAAAAGUUAAUCAGCUCUAAAAAGUUGGAUUCUAAUCUAAAAAAGUGUACCGGAUUCGUCCGAAAAUUGAAACAAUACACCGAGUUUCAAAAAUCGUCGAUAGAAAAUGAUGUCAAGACACUGAACCUCACGAAGUAUUUGACUGAAAUUGCUGCAGCAUUUAGUGAAGCUCGUUAUAAGAUUGAAAAUGUGAACGAUGCUGUAACAAUUUGUUCCCUGGUGCAUCAAAGAUAUUCAGACUUUUCGCCCAUGCUUGUAGAAGAAUUUAAGAAAAAUUUGCCCAAAAGGGCAGACGUAACUCCUAGCGUUCUUAGCAAGUUAUCAGUCGAUGUGCGCAUGAUUGGUGAACUCGUCAUGUGCGGCGUCAUGCCAAGGAAUGAAGGAUGUCAGUUGUUAUGCUCAUUCCUGCGAAAUCUGGUCGCUACGGAUCGUGAAGGGUUGCAGUGUCUCAUUCCCAUCAUGUCCUUUGCAGCCGGAUUGGGUGAUCCGUACUUGGGCGUCCUUCCUCGCCGAAUUUCGGCCCUAUGUCAAGAGCACGGCGUGGCGCUAUCUAGAUACGACCUUUUUAAGGACGACUUUAAAACCGUGUUCAAAAACAUUGUCUACGAUUAUUUCGGAGUUGUGGCAAAGGCUUUGGUGAAUAUACACACGGAGAAACAAAGGUCUGAGUUACACAAUCGCAAACUGUUGCGCUCCAAGGGGGAAAUACCAACAGAUCGGAAAGAGGUGCACAUGGGAAUCGUGGCCAAGUUUGACAAAUAUUUGGGAACUGCAACCAAAUUUUCAGACCUGUUAGACAGUGACCUACCAGUGUUGGUAGAUUUGCCUGCCGAUCCCGAGGAGGAGGAGGAAAAGGCAAUGUUGCGGUCUGAAAGUGGCGAACUAAUGGACACUGUGCCUGGAAUAAUCAUCUUUGAAGAAGAAGAGACCCGAUCAUUCUAUCAAGACUUUAAAGAUUUGAAAGUCUACUUGCCCCCGGUCGCUUACCGCGAGAGCGUUCAACAAGCUGCGGAGGAGACUGAACGAAUCAAAGAGAGAGAAAAGGCUUUGAAUGACUUUGACGAUGCGGUAGAAACUGCCGAGUUGGCGGAAGAAGAAGAGGGAGAAAGUCGUGCCGAGGAGGAGGCGACGACCGAUGGUGAUGCAGAAUUGCCUCCAUCUUUAAGAAAUGAUGGAGAAGGCAAAGAGAGCGAUGUGCCAAUCAAACCAAAUUUUCAAGACUAUCUGGACAAACUGGGAAACUCUUGCGGUCGGAAUACGAUUGACAAGUGUGCCCUCGAGUUUGCUGAGAACCACAAUACUAAACCGAAUAGAAAGAAAUUAGUGCACACAAUGUUCCGCAUUCCUCGUCAGCGCAUUGACUUAAUUCCAUUCUACAGUCGCAUGGUAGCCAUUCUCAAUCCAGUCAUGCCCGACAUGGGUCUCGAGCUUUGUCGCCUCUUAAAAAACGAUUUCUACUUCCUCGUAAAGAAAAAACAUCAAAUAUUUAUUGAAACAAAGCUCAAAAUUGUUCGCUUUAUCGGAGAACUAGUCAAUUUCCGCAUCUUUCCGAAAUCUGAUGCUCUCAAGUGCUUAAAGUUCCUCUUGAUGAAUUUUGUCCAUCACCAAAUUGAGAUGGCGUGCGUCUUUGUGGAAACAUGUGGUCGAAUGUUAUACAGAACACCGGACUCUCAUCGUAGGAUGAAAAUUUAUCUGGAAGAAAUGAUAAGAAAGAAGACUGUCAAGAGCCUGGAGCAGCGCUACACUUGCAUGAUUGAUCACGCUUACUCGAUAGUGCUCCCAAGGGAAGAGGCUCCGCGAGUUGAGAAGAAGUUGACUCCAAUCGAACUCUUUUUAUACCCUAUUCUGGUCGAGGAUCUCUCCAAGAGCACGUAUCAGGCGGCGCUCCGUUUUUUGAAAUGCAUACCGUGGGAUGAUGCUUGGAUUUCUGAGGUUGCGUGUCGCUGUAUGACACAACCUUGGCAGCUCACACAUCAACAGUUGCAACUGCAGGCUCAAUUGCUACUUGAUCUGAACAAAUUGGAGCCAUUCGUCGUCACUAGGAUAGUCGAUAUUGUGAUGGAAGAGCUUAGACGAGGAUUAGAGAAUCCUAGCGUGCACUACAAUCAACGUAGAUUUACUACACUUUCGUACCUUGCAGAGCUGUACUACUAUCGGCUAAUCAGGAGUGAUACCUUAUUUGAUGUCAUGUACCUUUUGAUAACGUACGGUGUGUCGUGGGACUUUAACAAGCAAACUACAAUGGAUCCACCCGAUAACAUUGGGCGAAUUCGUCUCGCAAGCUUCUUGCUCAAAGAUUGUGGUGAAUAUCUCAACAAUGGAAAGAAUAAGAGGAGACUGCACCUGUUUCUGUUGCAUAUGCAGAAGUACUUAUGGCUGAAAAGAAGUCUCCCGUUUUGGAACGCAAAGGGAGUCCGAUUUCCCUUCGGAAUUUAUGAAUCUUUCGUUGAAGCAGCCAGUAAGCACUGUCCAAAACUGAAGUUUGCAGGAAGUUUCGAAGAGGCUAGAGAAUUCUUGGAAGAAAUGGAAGACGAUGUCGACGAGGAAUCUAAGCAAUUUGGCGGAAAAUUACCAAAACUGAUGCCCGUAUCUGAAACGACUGGUUUACUGCCAUUUGCUGACCCAAUGCAAAAGUACAACGAAAUGCAACAGCAACUAGCUGCUAGUCGUGCAAGUAAUGGGAAGUACAACGGCGAUAACGGAGGAUUUGGUGCAGACACGAUUUUCGAAGAGGAUGAGAGUGAAAUGGACCCGUACGAACGUGCCGCAGCCAAGGCGAGAAAUCUGCAACGCCAACACCAUCAAAAGUACAACAUGUGCCCGGAAGAUGAAGAGUUUGAAGCGCUGUUUGAAAAAAUGUGCUCUGAAGUCGUCUACACUGGGAAACAAAUGAAGACUGAGAUAACGAUCCCACUCCACAUCAGUAAUUCGGCUCAUUCCACGUCCGAAAUGAAAAGCAACCGCUGUGAUGGUGCUGCUGGGGAACAGACUGGGAACAACCCAGAUGCUCCUCCUGGCACAGUGAAUUUCACCCUCAUGACCAAAAAGGGAAACAAACAACAGUUCAAAAGCAUCCCCGUUCCUGCCGACAGCGAAUUAGUACAAAGAAUUCGUACUCGGGACGAGUUGGAACGCGCCGAGAAGGAGAGCGUCAAAAUGCGAACCCUUGCCAUCAGUCGACUCCAAGAGGCGGAAGAACAUCAACGGGAAUUGGACGUGAUCCAGUCUGCCUUCAAUCAGCCUCCACGCCAGCAGUCCGCGCCGCGGGACGUACCCAUCAACAAGUCCAAGCCCUUGUUGAAAAAGACUGUUCAAGUUCGCGAGGACUGUGAUGGCGUCGCCGAUGGGAGUGAUGGAGAACCCUGGGGUGGUGGUAAUGCGGGGUGGACUAAGGGGGGUGUCAGUUGGGAUGAGGGUAGUGACGCUUGGGGCGGGCGUGGUGACAAUGUGCCCGAUAAUAGAGGCUAUCAAAAACUCACUGACGCUAACCAUAAACAAUUUAAACGAUGGACGAAGAAUAACAAGUCCAAAAUCGUGCAUGAAGAGGGCGAAACGGAAAAGGGCAAGUUUAAACCUCAUUCUCGACGUGGUCAAAAAUAAUGUGGGCCUGAAAAUUGUAAUUUUGUUGUGAAGGAGGUUUUCAAAAUUUCCUAUUUCGUCAAAUUUUCAAAAUUCCCCUUCAAGAAAGUUCACCUUUUUUAAAGUGCUAUAUGUGAUCAAAGAGGUGAAUAAAUAAUUGUCUUGUGUUUUUUUUGCUGGGAUGCUUUUUACACUUAUCUUAAAUUGAUGAUGAUAACACGAUUGCUUGAUAUGUAAAUUCCUGGUUCUUGGUAAGUGAAAUUUAAACCCUCGUUGUUGUUGAUGCUCGUAAUCCAAACGCUUGCGGUAAUAAACUUACGUACUUACUCUAACCCAUUUGAUUUGCAUAUUAUAAUUAUACAGCUCCAUUUUCAUUCAUUUCGUUUCUUCUUGUGGGGAAAUAAUGUGAAGAUAUUUUUAUCCUCAUUAAUCCACACCCAACAGAAACCAAUUUGCAAAGAGUAGCAGGAAAGAUAAUCAUGCUACUAAAAAUAUUCGCGUACUUAAUAAAAAUAAAGUCAUUAUUUUGUAUCUCCAAAUUAUGUCGUAUGAAAUAAAUGUAGCAAAGAAGUGUGUGCAUGACACGACUUCUUGCCAAUAUUUUUUAUACCCGAUUAUUAAUACCGGUUGUAUUUUGAAAUUUCAAAGAAAAAUAAAUAAAUAUUGACACAA